GAGGACAAUGUGUACCAAUUGCCAAACUUUCUUCAGUCAAUUGCAAGUGUCAUACUGCACAUGGAUGCAAUACCUGAAGUAUACACACCUGUUCUUGAGCGUCUCCUGGUUGUCCAGAUUGACACAUUUCCACAAUAUAGCCCAAAAAUGCAGUUCUCUUGCUGGAAGUCAAUCAUUAAGGUGUUCUUGUCUCUGGCAGGGAAGGGACCCGUGCUCUGGAGCCUGAUCAGUACUGUGGUGCACCAAGGAUUAAUUCGAGUCUGUUCUAAACCAGUCAUAUUUGAAAAGGAUGAAUAUGGUAAAGAUGGCUCAGAUGGAAGGGAAGUUUCUGGUGAAGUUCGGACAGGAAAGUGGAAAAUUCCUACCUACAAGGAUUAUUUGGAUUUAUUUAGAAAUUUACUGAACUGUGAUCAGAUAAAGGAUACCAUAUUCUCCGAUGAAAUAGUCCAUACUCUAAAUUCACCUCUGCAAUCUCUGAAUAAACUGUUGUAUGAUGAACUUAUAAAAUCUGUUCUAAAAAUUAUAGAGAAGUUAGACCUU